GGCCCCGCCCGGUACCUGCACAGCCGCCUGGGCCGUGUCCUAAGCCACCUGCCAAGCGGGCUUCACUGGCAGAGUGACGGCUACGGUCGGGCCAGAAGGGAGCCUUCGGUUCAGGCUCUCCGGGAUAAGCCUCCUAGGUAGUUCGGGGAGGACUGGCGAGUCGAGCCUCCUCCUAAGCUCGGAGUCCUUUUCCUGGGGUCUGCGCUUAGCCGGCUCGGCUGUGGCGUGGUGGCUCAGCUGGCUCCAGCCGGGAAGGAACGAGAGCGCGCCGGGGUGUGCGGGAGCCGAAGCAAGGAAAAGGCGGGCGUUAGGACUCGGGGGAAAUCUCCUUUCCCACCCCCUCUUUCUCGCAUUUGUUACCCCCCCUCUCCCCCGGCUCGGUGCCCCUCCCCCUUGUCCCUCCCCCCUUCCCUCCUUCCCUCAGUUGGUGCUACUCCUCAGAGCCGAAGAGCAGCCGCCAGCGCGCGGAGCCCAAGCCAGGAGCGCGGAGCCGCGGCGCUCAGUCUCCACUGAGGACACCGCCGCCUCCGGGGCUGUUCGCCAGCCUGUCGCCCCCAGCCCCAGUCCCUGCUUGGCCGCCGCGGGAAGGGGAUGCGCCCGCCAGUAAAGCAUGACCAGGACCGCCACGUUUGUCUUCCUUCUGCAGCUGUUGCACCCAGCAGAGGGACAGGGCUUUGCAGGUGGUUGCUCAUUUGAUGAACACUACAGCAGCUGUGGCUACAGUGUUGCUCUGGGGACCAAUGGAUUUACCUGGGAGCAAAUUAAUACUUGGGAAAAGCCAAUGUUGGAUCCUGCUGUGCCCACAGGUUCCUUCAUGAUGGUGAACAGCUCUGGGCGGGCAUCUGGACAAAAAGCUCACUUGCUUUUACCGACCUUGAAGGAGAAUGAUACGCACUGUGUCGAUUUCCAUUACUACUUAUCUAGCAGAGACCGGUCCAGCCCUGGAUCAUUGAAUGUUUAUGUGAAAGUUAAUGGAGGACCACAGGGUAACCCCAUCUGGAACGUGUCAGGGAUUGUGACAGAAGGCUGGGUGAAGGCGGAGCUGGCAAUCAGCACCUUUUGGCCACAUUUCUAUCAGGUUAUAUUUGAGUCUGUGUCUUUGAAAGGUCAUCCUGGCUACAUAGCAGUGGACGAAGUUCGAGUCCUUGCUCAUCCGUGUCGAAAAGCACCUCAUUUCCUGCGACUCCAAAAUGUUGAAGUGAAUGUGGGACAGAAUGCAACAUUCCAGUGUAUAGCUGGGGGAAAGUGGUCCCAACAUGACAAACUCUGGCUCCAGCAAUGGAAUGGGAGAGAUACUGCUCUUAUGGUCACCCGAGUGGUCAACCACCGAAGGUUUUCAGCUACAGUUAGUGUGGCCGACACAUCUCAGAGGAGCAUCAGCAAGUACCGAUGUGUCAUUCGCUCUGACGGUGGCUCUGGAGUAUCUAAUUAUGCAGAAUUAAUAGUAAAAGAACCUCCCACGCCCAUUGCUCCUCCUGAGUUGCUGGCAGUUGGGGCCACGUAUCUGUGGAUUAAACCGAAUGCCAAUUCCAUAAUUGGAGAUGGUCCCAUCAUUCUGAAGGAGGUGGAGUACCGUACAACCACAGGAAACUGGGCUGAGACCCACAUCGUUGAUUCCCCCAACUACAAGCUAUGGCACCUGGACCCUGACGUGGAGUAUGAAAUCCGAGUACUGCUCACCCGGCCAGGAGAGGGGGGGACAGGCCCCCCAGGCCCCCCGCUGACCACCAGGACCAAGUGUGCAGAUCCUGUGCAUGGUCCCCAGAAUGUGGAGAUUGUGGACAUCCGCUCCAGACAACUGACCCUCCAGUGGGAACCUUUUGGGUAUGCAGUGACCCGUUGCCACAGCUACAACCUCACCGUCCAGUACCAGUAUGUAUUCAAUCAACAGCAGUAUGAAGCUGAGGAAGUCAUACAGACAUCAUCCCACUAUACCCUGAGGGGUCUGCGCCCAUUCAUGACCAUCCAGCUGAGGCUUGUGCUCUCCAACCCAGAGGGCAAGAUGGAAAGUGAAGAGCUCGUGGUGCAGACGGAGGAGGAUGUUCCUGGAGCUGUUCCACUUGAAUCCAUCCAAGGAGGGCCCUUUGAGGAGAAGAUCUAUGUCCAGUGGAAACCUCCCAAUGAGACCAAUGGCCUGAUCACACUCUAUGAGAUAAACUACAAGGCUGUGGGCUCCCUUGAUCCCAAUGCUGACCUUUCCAGUCAGAGGGGGAAAGUCUUCAAGCUUCGAAAUGAAACCCAUCACCUGUUUGUGGGCCUGUAUCCUGGCACAACCUAUUCAUUCACCAUCAAGGCCAGCACAUCAAAGGGUUUUGGACCUCCCAUCACUACACGCAUUGCAACCAAAAUUUCAGCUCCUUCAAUGCCUGAGUAUGACACAGAUUCACCUCUGAAUGAGACAGACACAACCAUUACUGUCAUGCUGAAGCCUGCUCGAUCCCGGGGUGCACCUGUCAGUGUCUAUCAGCUGGUCGUCAAGGAAGAGAGACUUCAGAAGGCCAGGAGGGCUGCAGACAUCAUUGAGUGCUUCUCAGUGCCUGUGAGCUACAAGAAUGCUUCUAGCCUGGAUUCUCUACACUACUUUGCAGCUGAAUUGAAGCCUGUCAACCUGCCAGUUACACAGCCAUUCACAGUAGGAGACAAUAAAACCUACAAUGGCUAUUGGAAUGCUCCUCUUUCACCCUUGAAGAGUUACAGCAUCUACUUCCAGGCUUUGAGCAAAGCCAAUGGAGAAACCAAAAUCAACUGUGUUCGACUGGCAACAAAAGCAGUUAUGGGUAGGCAACAGGUGACCACGGGGACUCCAUUCUACCUCCUGAGCACAGGAGCAUCCACGCAGAAUUCCAAUGCUGUGGAACCUGAGAAACAGGUGGACAAUACAGUGAAAAUGGCUGGAGUGAUCGCCGGGCUCCUGAUGUUUGUCAUUAUCCUCCUGGGUGCCAUGCUCACGAUCAAGAGAAGAAGAAAUGCAUAUUCCUACUCCUAUUACUUGAAACUAGCCAAGAAACAGAAGGAGACUCAGAGCAGCACCCAGAGGGAGAUGGGGCCUGUGGCAACAACUGACAAGACCACCACCAAGUUGAGCACCGCUAGGAAUGAAGAAGGCUUUUCCUCCAGCACUCAGGAUGUGAAUGGAUUCAGCAGCAGCCGCGGGGAGUUGGCUCAGCCCACACUGACCAUCCAGACCCAUCCGUACAGGAGCUGUGAGCCAGUGGAAAUGUCCUAUCCCCGGGACCAGUUCCAACCUGCAAUCCGUGUAGCGGACCUACUGCAGCACAUCACACAGAUGAAGCGCGGUCAAGGCUAUGGCUUCAAGGAGGAAUACGAGGCAUUACCUGAGGGACAGACGGCAUCUUGGGACACAGCCAAGGAAGAUGAAAACCGCAAUAAGAAUCGAUAUGGGAACAUCAUCUCCUGUAGGUGCAAAGAUGAUCACUCAAGAGUCAGACUGCUGAUGCUGGAUGGAGACCCACAUUCUGACUACAUUAAUGCCAACUACAUUGAUGGAUAUCACCGACCCCGUCAUUACAUUGCCACUCAAGGUCCAAUGCAAGAAACUGUCAAGGACUUUUGGAGGAUGAUUUGGCAGGAGAAUUCAGCCAGUGUUGUGAUGGUGACAAAUCUUGUGGAAGUGGGAAGGGUGAAAUGUGUUAGGUAUUGGCCAGAUGAUACAGAAGUUUAUGGAGAUAUUAAAGUCACAUUAAUCGAAACAGAGCCGCUGGCUGAGUAUGUCAUACGCACAUUUACUGUUCAGAAGAAAGGCUAUCAUGAGAUCCGUGAAAUCCGGCUGUUCCAUUUCACCAGCUGGCCUGACCAUGGGGUUCCGUGCUAUGCCACAGGUCUACUGGGCUUUGUCCGGCAGGUGAAAUUCCUCAACCCUCCUGAAGCAGGGCCCAUAGUGGUCCACUGCAGUGCCGGAGCAGGGAGGACAGGUUGUUUCAUUGCUAUUGAUAUCAUGCUUGACAUGGCAGAAAAUGAAGGUGUGGUGGACAUAUUCAACUGUGUAAGAGAACUUCGAUCCCAAAGGGUCAAUCUUGUGCAAACAGAGGAGCAGUAUGUGUUUGUCCAUGAUGCCAUCUUGGAGGCCUGCCUUUGUGGCAACACAGCUAUUCCUGUGUGUGAGUUCCGGUCCAUAUACUAUAACAUUAGCAGACUGGAUCCACAGACCAAUUCCAGCCAAAUAAAAGAUGAAUUUCAGACGCUCAAUAUUGUGACACCCCGUGUCCGGCCUGAGGACUGCAGCAUUGGGCUCCUGCCAAGAAAUCAUGACAAGAAUCGCAGCAUGGAAGUCCUCCCUCUUGACCGCUGUCUUCCCUUUCUUAUCUCUGUGGAUGGAGAAUCAAGCAAUUACAUCAAUGCAGCAUUAAUGGAUAGCCACAAGCAACCAGCGGCCUUUAUCGUCACUCAGCACCCUCUUCCCAACACUGGAGCUGACUUCUGGAGGCUGGUGUUCGAUUACAACUGCUCCUCGGUGGUGAUGCUGAAUGAGAUGGAUACUGCCCAGCUCUGCAUGCAGUAUUGGCCAGAGAAAACAUCUUGUUGUUAUGGGCCGAUCCAGGUGGAGUUUGUAUCAGCUGACAUUGAUGAGGACAUCAUCAAUAGGAUAUUCCGAAUCUGCAACAUGGCAAGACCACAAGAUGGGUAUCGUAUCGUCCAGCAUUUACAGUACAUUGGCUGGCCUGCCUACCGGGAUACACCUCCUUCCAAACGCUCCCUUCUGAAGGUCGUCCGGCGACUAGAGAAGUGGCAGGAACAAUAUGAUGGGAGGGAUGGACGAACUGUUGUCCACUGCUUAAAUGGUGGUGGAAGAAGUGGAACCUUCUGUGCUAUCUGCAGUGUCUGUGAAAUGAUCCAACAACAAAAUAUCAUUGAUGUGUUCCACAUAGUGAAAACAUUGCGGAACAACAAAUCCAAUAUGGUGGAAACGCUGGAUCAAUAUAAGUUUGUAUACGAAGUCGCACUGGAAUACUUAAGUUCAUUUUAGCCUGAUGGAACAGGGAACCUUCUGGUAUCUCAAAAGCUCCCUUUUCUCUGAAAGGCAGUGACCAGUGUAAAAGGAGUGAAAGACUGAACAGAUCCUGAUACCACAGAGAAGACUUGGGGACCCCUGCUUUCCCCUGUAGCACUUACUGCUUCAUCAAUGGUGUCUUGUUCACCCCAAGAAGCAUAGAGGCCAGACAGGAGAGUUUCCUUUCUAAUGGCCCUAUGUCUGCAGCACCAUGCUGGAUCUCCCUCACCUGCACCUGGAGCAAUUGGAAUUUCUGAUCCCAAAACUCUUGCUUCUUUUGUUCUUUUCAAGUUUGUGAAUCUCAUGUUACUGUCUUUUGGAAAAGCGAAACCCAAUGGAGGCAGAGACAUGGAAGGAAGGAGGCAUGUGGGUCCUCUGCAUCAUCCCUAUCAUAUGGGGGUAGAUUAUAAAGAGCACAGAUCCCUUAUCUUGCGUAAGGAAGUCAAGUCCCUUGAGGUCAUUGGUCUGUUGUCUUCUCCUUCUGGAUCCCCGGUACCCCCAAGCCCAAUGACCUGCACUGACCCGACUGGACCAAGACUCCACAUGCCGUUGCUGCUGCAGUGCCAGACUUUGGUGCAUCCUCAGCGUGUUGCACACACACAACCUGCAUGUGGCCCUGUUCCAUGACCAUCCCCCUCAGCUUUGACCUCAGCUUUCUGUCUUGUUAACAGAACCAGGGCCAAAGGCAGAAUCCUGUUCAUAUUAUUUUCUGGGCUUUUGUGGUCAGUUGGGGGGAUGCUCAAAAGCUUGUCAGUCCUUCUGUGUGUGUCCUAGAUUGUGCCUGACUCUUGUGUUGCCAGUCAGGCAUCUUGACCCCUGAAACUUCAGGGGACUCCUAAGUGGUGGUCUACUGAGUUUCUAUGAUGAUGUCACCCCUGUGAAGGGGACAGAGUAUUUUUCAACAGUGUACCUGAAAAGAAAAUGAUUUUUUCAAUGUAAAAAAAAGUUCAUUUUAGCUUAGUGGAAUGUAAUAGUUUCUCAUCUCAUAAAAAUGGACAUGUUUGAAGGAUAUGUCUAGAACUUGUGUUAGCUGAUAAUGCGGGGUUUGGAAGGUUGGGUAAUGCGUCCAAACAAGAUUAGAUACAAACUGGGACUGUGAGUUAGUUUUGGUGAGUUCCUUUGGCCUGUACUGUGGGUGUGCUUUGUUUCUUUUUCUAUCAAAUUCUUUUUUUAAAUAGCUAUUACAAAGUAGAGGGAGGAACAGAAGAGACAGGACCCAUGGUCUGCUGUCAUCUUGGUAAAGACAAUAUAUGGAUGUCAUUGCUCCAUUUGCUUUCUGAUCUAUUAGGGAGUGGAAGGGAUCAGCUCUGAGCCCCAAGUACAGGGUAGGCCUCUUAAAGAUCUUUUUUCUCAAUUUUUAAUUUCUAAAUUUCCAGAUGUCUGAUAAAGAUUUCAAGGUACAUUAUUCUCAUAAACAAACAUAAUACAAAUAAUUCCAUAUGCCUCUGAAUUUGGUAUCUUAUAAAUGAAAAGUCAUUUUUAUAAUGCCAUUUCUGUAGCUGACUCUCAGUUUUCUAGUUUAGUGACCCACUGGAUCCUAGGCAAAUAGCAGAUGUAAUGUGCUGUUUGUGUAAUAAUCCCUAUACUUUCCUGAUCCUCCAGCUGGGGGGAGAGAGACACUUCCUAGUCAUGUCCCAAGCAGCUCCCUUGGUGUCUGUCUGAUAAAGCACAAUGGUAAGGAGGAACAGAGGCAUGGAGAGACCUGUGUUCCUCAGGGAACCAGACUGAUCAUGCCUCCCCUCUGGCUUAUGUUCUUUCCCUAUUGCUUCUACCUUCCCACUCUCCUAUCUUCCUGAAACCUAAACUUUCUUUCCUAAGAUUCUAAGACUUUUAUUCUGAAAGAGGAGAUAAGUCUUAUAAUUAAUCAAUAAAAAGCAUUUAUUAAGCAUUUACUUUAUGCAAGGAAUUGUGCUGGACACUGGGGAUAUGGCAACAAAAAAUGAAACAGGCCCUGCCCUCAAAACAGACUCUUUUCAAAGAUGUAUGGGUAGUAAUUAAUAAUAAGAUGUAAAUGGUUAACAUGAGAACCUUUUCAAUGAGUGAGCCAGGAUGGAGAGAGGGAGCCGCAAAGCAUCACCGAGUGCCAGAACAGAGAAAUUAGGAAAGCCCAGUCCGAGGUGGGAACAGCAGAAACAAACUACCCAAAUUCACCAGUGGGCAGGACUGGCCCUGGAUGCUUGUAUAUAUGCUUGUGCAUAGGCAAACUAGGUGCAUGCUGAAUUUUCAGUGACUUAGGAUAUCAGAGACUGACUGUGGCCAGUCAAUACCCUAGCAAAAAACUGGAAACCCAAAACAUGGCCCCAAUUUUUUUCUGCAGUAGAAUUUCUUCUGAAAUAUCUCUAUCCUUAGUCAUUUUUGCUUAUGAGGAUCUUUUUCAGAAGUACUUACUGAGGAAUUUUAAUCCAUUGGUGAUGCUGUCUGCCCAAACUGAAUACAGGAACAAAUCCCUGGAAAUGAUCCUAAAGAAGGUUCUCUGGACUGGGGAUAAAGAGAUGAGUUUGUGUGGGGGCUGAGACGAUGGCCUUCCCCAAAACCAGAUACUGCCAUUCAUUGAGGUGAGCAGCUACAAAGGGGUGGAGGAACCAUGGGAGUAGGCAUGCUUAACUGCUUAUCCAAGAUUCUCUCAGCUUUGGCCUCCAGCAAGACAGGACAAAGCUUGGGUCCUAGCUCUCCCAUUUACCAAUCCCUCUUUUUCUCUGGGCCUUAGUUUCCUACUUUGAACAAAGGGAUGGAGGUGAGGUAGACCAGAGGGUCUAAUGGAUCAUUUUAGCUUACUAAUGAGAUGAAAACUGCCUAAAAUAGUUUCACUUUUUCCAGGUUUAUAGAUAUUUGAGCAAACAUAGUUAGUUAAUCUAUUCUGUGCCAGAUGUAAGAAUUCCUGUUCUUUCUCCCCCUCACUUUUCUGUUCUUUGCUUUAUUUUUCAUUAUGAUUUCUCACCAAACAAAUAUACAGGUAUUAAUGUACAACAUUUCUUAGAAAGGCUUGGGCUGGGCUCUCCCUGCUAGGCUUUGUCACCAUCAGUAGAGUUUCUGGCAUCAUGAAUAGAUUCUGCUAUGUAAAGAUCAACCUGGAAGUCUGCUCCAAAGCUUAGCUUGGGGAGUCUGCAGGAGAACAAAUUCAAACAAGAGGUUGCAGCAUCGCUGCUCAGGUUAAAGCUGAAGACAGAAAAAGUUGUAGAAACAAACUCCAUUCCAUACCCAAGCACAGAUCUGAACUCCCUUUCCAACUUUAUGACUCAGAACCAAGAGAACAAAAUUUAAAGGAUUAUUGGAAGUCAUCUAGUCCAAUCUUCAUUUUUCAAAUGAGUAAACCAGGGCUGGAAUUUAUGUGACUUGCCCAAGGUCACACAGAUAGUGAGAGAGCUGAGAUUUGAGCCCAAGUUGAUUGGAUUCUUUUAAACCUAGUCUGGUGUUAAACCAAUAUGACUAAAUCAAAUUUUCUUUCCAUGGUAACACACAACCUUAUCAUCUCUAAAGAGAUUGCAGGUGAGAUACAAAGCAAUGCAGAAAUACACAGUGCAAAUGGGCAUCUGUUUAUGACUAUAACUUGUAUGUUAGAAGUGACCCUGUCAAAAGGCUCCCAAACACAGGUGGAUGCUAAAACAGGAAAAGGACCUCUCACAUAGCACGAUCGUGGGAUAAAAAAACAAACCAAUGGCUACCCUGGUAUUCAUGAAAUAGCCAAAAAAAUAGCGUAGCCCUCUGGAGAUUUUAGAAGCAGAACACAAAUAAUUAGGUGUGUGAGUGUUGGGAUCUGUACCAGUAAGAGAACUUGUUGCUGUUGUUUAGUCAUUCUGUCAAACUCAAGCCUUUAUGACCCCAUAUGAGGUUUUCUU